AUGCCAUCAGUCGGCUUCGUGAGAUAUGCAACACCCGUAGGUUUACAACUUCAUACGACCGCCGCUCAUAUUGCUGCAGCCGGGAAAAUCGUCAAGCUAAUGUUUGUAGUUAAAGGCUGCAAUGGGUAUUCGUACGAAAUGGAACUGGUAGAUAUAUCAUCGCUUGACGCAAUGGACGAAAUUGUCAGGGACCAAGCGGGGGAACCUGUCUUGGCCAUUGAGAACAAGGCUGCAUUCCACCUGCUUGGCUGCAACAUCGACUACCAGGUAUCGCAACUAGAGGAGGGGUUCGUAUUCGACAACCCUAAUGUCACAUCAAAGUGUGGCUGUGGGCAAUCGUUCCAAUUCUGA